AUGUGCUCCUAUAUUGGUGGACAAUGGAGCCCUUGUUUGUGCCUCACUUGGUGGAUAUGGUAGAUUAUAUCAGUUGUGACCCAAUCUCCGCUUCUAAACGGAUCCCAAAUCUAGCGCAGAUCUAUUUGAUUGUCUUUUACGAGGAGCGUGAAUUUGCAUUGUUUGUAUCGUUGAUUUCUAACGAGCUUAAAGUGCCUGUAAGAUACUUGAGAGAAGAUAAGCCACACGGUUCGGCUGGUGGACUAUAUAACUUUAGGAAUUUUAUCAUGGAAGAUGAUCCGUCGCACAUUUUUUUGCUGAAUUGUGACGUUUGUUGCAGUUUUCCACUGUCUCAAAUGCUAGAGGGUCACAAAAGCUAUGGUGGGCUCGGAACAAUUUUAGUGAACAAGGUUUCUCCCGAGUUAGCUAGCCAGUUCGGGGAACUCGUUGCACGUCCUGUUACGAACGAGCUUUUGCAUUAUACCGAGAAACCUGAAAAUUUUGUUAGUGACCGUAUUAACUGUGGUGUUUACGUAUUCACGCCGGAGAUCUUUACAGCUAUUCAAGGUGUAUCCACGCAACGUAAAGAAAGAGCUACUCUAAGACGUGUAACGAGCUUCGAAGCACUUCAACCUGCAAACAGGAAUCUUCCGACAGAUUUUGUACGAUUGGAUCAAGAUAUUCUAUCACCACUUGCUGGUAAGAAGCAGUUUUACGUGUACGAAACGAUGGAUUUCUGGGAACAAAUUAAAACCCCCGGAAUGUCGUUGAAAUCUUCUGGGCUAUAUCUCGCCCAAUAUAGAAUAAUCUCACCCAAUCUUUUGGCGAGUGGAGAUGGUUCGAAAAAUGCUACGAUAUCUGGCGAUGUGUGUAUUCAUCCAUCGGCAAAAGUUCAUCCUACUGCAAAGGUUGCCCCUUCGAGAAAGCCUUGGUUUAUUUUCGGUAUAGUUUUAGGUUGCUGGAGGCAGGCAGCAUGGUCAGUAAUUCAUGGUUCGUACAAGUUUCGCGUACCUACAAUUGUCGCCCCCCCCCCUGCCGCCGCUUCGUUCGCCGCUUGUCGCCGUCAGCUUCGAUUGUAGGCUGGCUGUGAUUUCGAGGUCUGUGACUGAGAAGGGUCGUGGUCCUAUGCCUCAUUUGAAGUUGGAAUGACUCUCUCAGAACGUGAAAUGGAGAGAGCUACUAAACUAUUUCCGAUGCACCGUCGUUCUAACUUCCGUUAAAGGCUACCGGAAUAAAGGCAUGCGGUACGCAAUAGGCGAUGGCUGCAGUGUGUGACCUCGAAACUGCCUCGGCCCAAGAACUGUUUGAAGGAAAAAUGAACUUCAAGGGCAAGCUGAGGGAGCUCCCGGUGAUGGUUAUGUCGUCGAAGAACUUUUUGCGCGCACUGAUAGGGAAAUUAUAUGAUGUUGGAUUAAGAUUCUGGCACCUCUUCCUGCCGCUGAAAAUCGAUUAUAGCCCCGCAACACCUUUCUUCCUUCGAUGCCCACCACCCACGCCGCCACUGCAUUCUCACAUUUCAUUCAAUAUUAGAGAGCGACUGAAAUGCCGUGGUGUGUGGAAGUAUUUCUGGACGACAAAUAUAUGAAGGUGUAUAUAUGUAUCAGUAGAGUGAAUUUGGUGAGUAAAUUAGCUUUGCAUUAUAUUCUUUAUUUUGAUGGUUUUUAUUUUAUUUUAAUUAGUCUAUUUUGAUGAUCUUAUUUCGACCUUUUCUUUAUGGAUUGGGGUGGUUGAAACUUGAGAAUGACUAAAAUAGAAAGAAUUACUCUUAAAGAAGAAAGAGAAACAUAAAGAAAGAAUUUGAGAAUGAGAGGGGCUAUCUUUUUUUUAAAUGUCAGUGCGUGGUUGUGUCAGGGUUCUUUUUCGGUGAGUACUCAUUCUCCUCCAGACAUUAUUGUUUGGUUUUUUUGUUCUCACUUCUGUAAAUUGCACAUCUGGUUUUUUUUUUUCCUGCACGGGGUACACCAGUCAUUACUGUCCGGAUAUCUCAUGAGUCCAGAUAGGGCAGUUGGUAGCACUUGUCGAAUUCGAGUUCCUCUCUGGGAACUCAUCUCAAAGGUUCUUUUUUUCCCGCUCAUUAGCCCUUCGCUGUUAUGCAAUUAUGUGAAAGAAAUUUGGUAAAUUUUUGUGAUGCUUGCAGUUAUAAGAGAAGAAACAUAGAGAUUGACAAACGUUUCAUUAUAUGAUUUUAUUAUACAACGUUAGGAGACGACAACGUCUCUAUGUUCUCAUUCCCGAAAGGGGCUUCAAGACUGUGUAUAUUAGAGGAGGGUCUGGUGGUUCUGUUAAUUCCGGCCUAGCGCAAAUAUUCAUGGCUCCGGCGGUGGUGGUGGUGGUGGAGUGAAAAAGUUUGUAUUACACAUGUUCUUCCGUUGUACAACUAUAGUGGUUCUUCUUCUUUGUAGGUGAAGUAAGAAUAGGUGUUUCAAUUUUGCACAAAAAUAAACACAAAUUGUUUCUUACUCAUAUUUCUUUUUCCUCCCCCAGCCACCGCCGAUAUGACUACUGGCAAUGAAGCUGCAGCGCACCUCGACCUUGAGACCGGCGACUCGCCGGCGUUGAUGGGGGUGGAUGGGGCAGCGAUCCUGAUUUCUCUGAUCCUUUCGACAUUGCCAACACCAAAAACGCCUCCCAUGAAUCGCUCAAGCGCUGGAGGCAAGCCGCCCUCGUGCUUAAUGCUUCGUGACGUUUCCGCUACACGUUAGACCUGAAAAAAGACGAAGAACAAGAAAAGAGAAGACGGAUGAUCAGAGCACAUGCUCAAGUCAUAAGGGCUGCACUGCUCUUUAAGUUGGCUGGACAACGAGCAAUAGUAUUAGGCACGACAGUAGCUCCACCAUCUCCUAACGGUGGUUAUGAAAUCGGCCUCGAGCAACUUGCUUCGAUGAAAAGGGAACAUAAUAUUACAGCACUGCAACAAUAUGGAGGGGUUAAAGGGUUGGCAGAAAUGAUAAAAACAGACGUCGAAACAGGGAUAUAUGGUGACGAAAAUGAGUUAUCAUGAAGAAAGAAUGCUUUCGGCUCAAACACGUAUCCCGUGAAAAAAGGAAGGAGUUUCUUGAGGUUCCUAUGGGAAUCUUGGCAGGAUCUGACCUCAUUAUUUUAAUAAUAGCCGUUGUGGCCUCUUUGGCUCUCGGAAUAAAAAUCGAGGGCCUGGAGGAAGGAUGGUACGACGGCGGAAGCAUCACCUUUGCUGUUCUACUGGUUAUUUUUGUUACAGAAUCUCCUUUGUUGCAAUCUUCUAGACCGUUCAAGGUUCAACUUCGUGCCCUGCCUGGAUAGGUUUGCAGAGGCGAUAGUUAGAGCAAGGGAUAUCCGACUACAAAUGUUGCAUGGGUUGAUUGCAAGAAACUCAAUAAAAUCCUGGGAGUUGCACACAAAAUUGGCUGAUUCCUAUAAAGAAGUUGUUGCCAAUCUGAAUAUUGCCAACGCUCAACAGGUUUCUUCUUAAGCCAUAUGCACUAGGUUCGGAGCUGUUGGUCCAAACUUGGUUUGGCCUGUGCGUAUUCUGAUGAUUAUAUCCUAUCUUAUUUCUUAUCCAAUCGGAAAGAAACAACUGGUUCGAAGACAUGUUGCACUAGGCAGGUUAGAUCUCCGUUGCGAGAAAUCAUAUUCCUGCAUCAAAAUUUCUUGGUACUUGCUUAAAAAAUGUCUGGAAAUAUGUGGAGUGGCUGCGGAUUGAGGUGGGCUAAUUAUCUAAGGCAUUAACAUUUCAUUCUAUGUCGAUUGAAAAGCUUAAAUGAAGCAAAAAACUCCUUUCAAAUUUGUUUCCAACAAAGUUAGUUGCGGCCGAUUUUGCAUAUUUCUUCGGUCCUUUUGUUUUCUUGGAAUUAUGGAGUAGUCGGUGUAUGCCAUUAUCUUCUUUCUAAUAAAUUCUUGCUUUCUUUAUAUCUAAUGGAAUAUAAUGGAGCUUGCUUUGUUUCUGU